CGCCCCCACAAAAGUCUCAUUCCUAAUUCUCUCUCUCUCUCUCUCUCUCUCUCUCUCAAACUCAUAACGCACACCCUUCUACUCCCAUAACUUUAACCAUAUAUAUUAUCUCUCCCAACCCCCCACUUCACAUAACAAACCACCAAUUACAUCUCCUCCUCCUUCUUCUCCUCUUCUGCCAAAUGGGUUUUGAUGAUCAUGCUUGUAACACAGGCCUUGUAUUAGGCUUAGGUCUCACAUCGUCUGCUUCUCUGGAGAGUUCUAACCCUAUAACGUUUGCAAAGAAUAAUAUUAAGCCUUCCCUAAAUUCUGCUCCAACGAGUGGUGCUUUUGAGCCAUCCUUAACUUUAGGUCUUUUUGGUGAGCCGUAUCAUCAACAAAUGGUAGCCUCCAAUAUUUACAAGGUUGGUAAUUCUUCUCAGGAGGAAACAGUUGAUUUGUACAGGCAAGCUGCAGCAGCGUCCUCUCCUCACAGUCAUAGCGCAGUCUCUAACUCCUUCUCUAGUGGUAGAGUGGUCAAGAGGGAGAGAGACAUCAGCAGUGAAGAGGUUGAGGUCGAUGAGAAAGUUUCCUCAAGAGUGAGUGAUGAAGAUGAAGACGGUUCUAAUCCUAGAAAGAAGCUUAGGCUCACCAAGGAACAAUCUGCUCUCUUAGAGGAAAGCUUCAAACAACAUAGCACUCUAAAUCCUAAGCAAAAGCAAGCUUUAGCCAGGCAGUUAAACUUGAGGCCAAGACAAGUGGAAGUAUGGUUCCAAAAUAGGAGAGCCAGGACAAAGCUUAAGCAAACUGAGGUAGACUGUGAGUUCUUGAAGAAGUGCUGUGAAACACUAACAGAUGAGAACAGGAGGCUACAAAAAGAGCUGAUAGAACUCAAGGCACUGAAAUUAAGCCAACCUUUGUACAUGCACAUGCCAGCAGCCACCCUCACUAUGUGUCCAUCUUGUGAAAGAAUCGGAGGUGUGGGUAGCGAGGGAUCAUCCAAGAGCCCAUUUUCUAUGGCUCCAAAACCUCACUUUUACAAUCACUUUACCAAUCCCUCAGCAGCUUGUUGAUUAGGAAAUUAAUUAUUGUUGUGUUAGAAAUGGAUUUAAGAGAAAUCAAACCCUCAUGAUCCCUAUAUUUUUGGUUAAGGGCUUUGUAGUGGAACGAAGGACUAGUGUAAUUAAUAUGUAGAAAAUAGUUGUUACUGAUCAAUUACUUAUACUUUUUUUUUAAUUAUAUAUGUUUGUAAAUCGUCAAGAAAUAUAUAUCUAUGAAGGGUAUAUAUCUAUGAAGGGUAUAUAUCCAUGAAGGGAUUACUAUUGCUUA